CAUUCACGAUAUGAUAGCUAUAUUGUAUGAUACUGUUGUCUUUCCUCACGCGUUCUGACGGAUUUUUGACUCCUCCUGCUUUCCGUAGCGAGCUUGGAGGGGGCGGGACUGCCAUGGCGGCCAAGAUUUUGAAGUAUGCAGCGCUUCCUGCUGCUGUUGUGGGUUUGGGCUCAUUUCGAAUUUAUUCGAUGAGUGAGAAACCAACCAAUUUAAUCUCUCUGAAAGAGUUGUCUAUCUACUCUCCAGAUCAUUCUGGUGUACAGUUUGUAGAGGAGCAGUCUGGUCUGGUCCAGUCUGGUCUGGAGGCUGUGAGGGUGGGGCUGCAGCCGUAUGUCAGAGCAAUUCAGAAUGGCUUCACUUCUGUCAAGGUUGGAAUCACAUCCACUUACCAGGCAGGGGAAGACACGUAUCACUUCCUUCGAGAUCCACCACCUGGCUUUCUCCCGAGAGUGGGUGUCAUAACUGUGUCUGGAUUGGGCGGGCUAAUUUUGGCACGCAAGGGUUCUCGUUUAAAGAAGAUUGUUGUACCUCUUGGUCUUGCUACUGUCGGUACUGCAGUGUGUUACCCCACACAGACUGUUGGAGUCCUGAAGAUCACUGGUAAAAAGGUGUAUAAUGUCAGUUCAUAUGUUGCCUCACUGUUUCAAUCUAAACCAAAGGCAGAGGGUGCAAUGCCUGCUGGUAACAUAGAGUCUGCUGCCCCUGUAAAAAUCCCAGAUCCAGUAUCAAGUACACCUGAGUCUAAACUGGUUCCAGCUGAAGAAGUAAUAUCACUAUCAGAAGCUGUCCCAGCUGCUGCUUCUCCGGUAGCUGUGCCGGAUGUUGAACCACCUUCUACUGUCGAAACUGCCCCAGAGACAAUACCUGUAGACUCUGCUCCUGAACCAACAUCUUCCACACAAAUGAUCCCGGAUGCUUAUCUCACUCCCUUAGAUGUUCCAGCCACGACCUCCUCUCCACCCACAGAAGAAAUUAAACUUCUUACGGAAGAGCCCGUUUCUGAUGCCCCAUCCCCUGCUAACCAAACGACCACUGAAGAAGUCCCACCCCCUGUUCUGGAGACCACACCUCCUUCUCCCAUAGUCGAAAUUCCUCCCUUAUCUGAAUCUCCUGUACAAGAGGCCAUUGUUGAGCCAACCGCAGCGAAGUCACGGUUUGUUCCUGACCCUGCUCUACUCGACCACGGCCAGUCUAAUCCAGAGGACGCAGACAUGUACAGCACACGGAGCUGAAUGAUAUAAAGCACUUAACUGCAGCACAGAUAAAGACCCAGAUAGCAAUAGACUCUGGAGGGAUCUGCCGAUUUCGGAGCUGAUCUGUCCUGGAGUCUGUUGCUAUCUGUUUUAAUGUGCAAUGAUUUCAGCACUGUUUGACAGAUAUGUGAUUAAGAUAUUCAUGUUUUAUCAAUAAUCCAGGGAUAAAAGCAGGUGAUUUGUUGCAGUCUUUAAUGUCUCACUCUUACCUGACACAUAAAGAGCCAGAUUCGUGUAAAGUCACCUCUUGAACCAGAAAGAUGGUAGUUCCCAGGGUUCAUUUAAAGUUGUGGUUCCUAUUCUGACCUUUUUCCUACUGUAACAACACUGGUACUGAUUUUUUUACUGUGAAAAAAAUUACAAUGAAAACUGGACCACAACAAACACAAAUAUUUUUGUAUGAACACAAACAUUAAGUAUACAUGUGUAUUGUCUGAAGUACAUUUUACUGCCGUUAGAAGUAAAUGUGUCAAGCUGUAUCUAUACAAAGCUACCGAGCCCCUAAGGUGACAUUGGAGUAAAAUAAAUCUAAAGUUUAGUUUCAUGUGCUCACGCAAAACCUUCAUGUGGAGAAUUUUUUUUUAAGUUUAGUUUCGCGUUUUCUCACGUGAAACUAAACUUUAUUUAAUAUUUGCUCCAUGUCCCCUUAGGGGCUCCGUACAAAGCUUUAUUCAGGCUGCGUAUUUAUAUUUUUAAGGUAUCAAUUGAGUUCAUACUGCGCAUCUUUAGUCCUAAAAGGUCAGACACGGGGCUCGUGGUAGCCGCUUCUCAAAUGUGCUUGAACUAUCCAGCAGUUUGGAUGCAUUUCAGGUUGCAGUAUUUCACAUUGUACCAACUGCGAACAGUGAAUUUAUUAAAUUAUUUAAAUAUUUCAGUUGUUGUAGUCUAUUCAUGUCUUUAUGGCCUACAACAACUGCUUUAUGCAAUGCCAAAUGAUAAUAAAGGGUUCUACACAAUG